CUGAGGGGCCGGGCCAAUGGCAGCACGCUGCGGUGUGAGGUGCUGACUGCUGCGUACGGUCGCCCGGCUGAGUGUGGUCGUGGAGAGAAAGGAGCAGCCGGCUUGAGUGUGACCAUGGCCCCCCCUGCCUCAUACCCGUCCCAGUCCGCCGUCACUGCCGCCCGAUACACCCGUUUCAACUAGCGAGAGGUAGCAUUUGCAAUUAUGGAGGCUUAAAGAAGAAAAGAGUCAAAGGGGAGCUUCCCUUCCCCUGUGGUGGUUGGCUUCAAAGGAACAAUAUUCAGGAGGGUGCGAUGGUUAUAUUUUGACUGGAAGUUUACAACUGUUUUUAUUUUCCACAGAUUUAACUAAAUUUCUAUUUUUGACUAUUUAAUUGCAACAGAGAGCCAUAUUAUAUAUAAUGUUUUAUAAUAUAAAAAAGCAGUAUCUUGAACUAAUUCCGUACUGCUUCCAUGUACUGAGUUAAUGUAACUAAGAGUGCAGAAUUGCUAGAGUGCGGUGUUUUUUUUAUAACACAAGCACAAAUCUAGUGCCCUGAUAGUUUCUAGGCAUCAAGUUCCAUAGCCCUUAAGAUUUGAAGACCUGGCUAGAGGAUACAAGAUGAAUUCUGUGACUGCUGACUGCACUCCAAAAUGCCGAUCUUUGCAGCAUGCCCUCGACGUGACUUCGGUGAUGACAAAGGGAACGGAAGGCCAGAAUAAGGUCUUCCUUUCAUCUUAUUGCUACAAUGCAGCUUCCCUGAAGGAUAGCUUUGGUAGGACUGUUCUACAUAUGGCUGCAUCUUGUGGUAAAAAGUCAGUUUUGGGUUGGCUUCUUGAAAGAAAAGGGGCUGAUCCUUCUGCAAAGGACAAAGAAUCUGGAUGGACUGCCCUGCACAGAAGUAUCUUCUAUGGACACAUUGAUUGUGCUAUGUUUCUUUUGAAGCACGGUGGGAGUAGCCUUUAUGUGCAGGAUAAGGAAGGGUUAUGUACGCUCGACUUGGCCAUGAAAGAUCGACCAUCAUAUGUGAUUUAUAGAAAGACUGAUCCUACUGAAGUCUAUACAUGGGGUAACAACACUAAUUUUACUCUUGGUCAUGGAAACCAACAAAGCAAACAUCACCCUGAGCUUGUAGAUUACUUCUCGAGAUCAGGGACCUAUAUUAAACAGGUUGUGCUUUGCAAGUUCCAUUCUGUGUUCCUCUCCCAGAAAGGUCAAGUAUAUACUUGCGGUCAUGGUCAGGGAGGGCGCCUUGGACAUGGAGAUGAACAAACGUACCUUGUUCCCCGAAUGGUUGAAGGAUUAGCAAGCCACCGUUGUUCUAGGGUGGCAGCUGCGAAGGACCAUACCAUUGUAUUGACAGAAGAUGGAUCUGUUUAUGCUUUUGGACUGAAUAUUUACAAUCAGCUGGGCAUUGCACCUCCCCCUGCCAGCAGUAGUUUACCAAGACAGGUACAGUCCAAAAACCUUAAAGGAAGAACUGUGAUUGGAGUUGCUGUGGGGAGGUUUCACACUGUUCUGUGGACAAAGGAUGCUCUGUAUACCAUGGGGCUGAAUGGUGGUCAGCUUGGUUACUUAAUGGAUCCUAAUGGGGAACGUUGUGUGCUUGUACCUCGUCAAGUAUCUGCUUUGCAUCAUAAGGAUGUGGUGAUCUCUCUAGUAGCAGCAAGUGAUGGGGCCACAGUCUGUGUUACAGAAAGAGGAGAUGUUUACCUGUUAACAGGCUAUCAAUGCAAGAAGAUUGCUUCAAGGCAAUUAAACUUGAAGAAAGUUCUUGUUAUUGGUGGACAUCUGGAUCAUAAAGUUGAUCCUCAGGUACUUAAUGAAGGAGGAGGUGAAAAAGUUUGUAUACUGGCCCUGGAUGAAGCAGGCAGGGUUUUUUGUUGGAGAUCAUCAAACUGUUUGAUUAAACAGUGCCGUUGGGCAUAUGGACGACAGGUUUUCAUGUCUGACAUUGCUUUGAACAAGAAUGGAAUGAUUUUUGUAACACAAGAUGGAGAUGGGUUUACAGGAAGCUGGACCGGAUCAGAAAAGAGGAAUUUGGAAAAGAAAGAUGAAUUGUCCUGCAUUCUGCAGAAUCCUAUGGAUCAAGUGAUUAACACUACAGAAUUGAGUAGCAGCUUGUAUGAAAGGAUCAAACUCGAGAAACUUCCAUGUGUUCAUCGUGCUGUUUCUGUUGCCACUGAUUCAAACGGGCGCAACUUUGCUAUUUUACAGUCUGAUCCUAAAACUAGCCUCUAUGAAAUUCCAAAUGCGUCUUCUUCAAGUUUUACUGAAGACUUUGGCAAACUUCUCAGGGAAGCCAGUGAAACUGACAACAUCCAUGAUGUCACUUGUCAAGUUGGCAAUCAGAUUUUUCCCAGUCAUAAGUACAUCCUGGCCAUGCGAUCCGACUACUUUCGAAAGCUUUUCUUUCCUGAUGGAGAACACAUUGAGAUCCCUGAUGCCCAUUUACAAGAUGAUGAUGCAGUGGGAUGUGACUUGUACGUUCUGGAUAAGAUUCAGGCCGACUUGUUUGCCUAUAUUUUGCAGUUCAUAUAUACGGACACCUGUGAUUUGCUAACUGAUGGCUACAAACCAAAAAUCCAAUUCAAGGAUAAAAUAGAAACUUAUCAAGAUCCACUGAUAUCCAAAUUGGAGGGCUCUGUGCAGAAAUUCAAAUUUUGUGAAGAUUUAAAAGGAAAAUCUGCAUCAGAGGUUUAUGAAAACCAGCAGAGUCAGAAAUCGAAGUCUAAAAGUAAAACCAGCAAAAAGAAUAAAGGGCUUAAUGAAGAGGCUAAUCCAGUUAAAAUGCUGCAGGCUACCGCAAAAAAACUUGGCCUUUCCAGUCUAUCUGCAAGGCUAGAUGGGGUUAAAUUGGAAAAUUGGAAGAUAAAAGUUGUGCAUAAAAUAAGUGGAAGCAAAUUGAAGUUCGCUCAAAAAAAAUGUUCCUAUUUAUGCGAUGUAACUUUGAAGUCAGAAGAUGGAAAGGAGUUUGUCUGCCACAAAUGUGUGCUAUGUGCAAGACUCGAGUACUUUCACAGUAUGCUGAGUAACGCCUGGAUUGAGGCGUCAACUUGCACAGCACUGGAAAUGCCCAUCCAUUCUGAUAUUUUGGAAGUUAUUUUGGAUUAUAUUUAUACAGAUGAAGCUCCAGCUGUUAAAGAUUCACAGGACGUUGAAUUUAUUUGUAACGUGCUUGUGGUGGCCGAUCAGCUGCUUGUCAGUCGUCUCAAGGAAAUCUGUGAAGUGGCCAUUACUGAAAAAUUAACUUUGAAAAAUGCUUCUGAACUUUUGGAGUUUGCUGCAAUGUACAACGCUGAACAAUUAAAAGUGUCCUGUCUACAAUUCAUAUGUCUGAAUAUGCCAGCUUUACUUGAAACAAGAUCUCUGGAUAUUCUCAGUGAUGAAGUGCUGAAGGAACUGUCAAUUGCUUAUCGAAAUAUGAUUCCAGCAAUGCAAAAAAGAAUUAUCACUCCCUAUCCAGAUGGUCCGGAUAUCAGUUUUCUGGGCGAAGGGAUUGAUGACUGUGCGACCAGCAAAAUUGAAUUGGACAUUGAGCAACCUUCCAAAGAAAGACUUCUCAAAAAGGCAAAAGCAAAGGCAAAGAAGAAACCGAGACGACGAUCUGACAGUUCGGGAGGAUAUCAUUUAUCUGAUCUCAUUCAGAGCCCAACUUCAACAGAUUUUUUAAGACCUGCUAAAACCAAUUCAGUGGAAUCCCUGCAAGAACUGUUGAUGUCUGAUUCUGAAGGCAGCUAUGCUGGCGGAGUAGCCAGCCCCAGAGAAUUAGCUUCACCUGACUUUGCAGCUGGAUUCUGCCAGGAGAAGUCAGAGGUUGAAGAAAGAAUCCGUAUUUCAGAAAGAAAAAGUCCAACUGAAGAGGCAAAAAUGAGUGAGAAAAUAUUGCCUUCUAAGAAGGAGUCGAACCCAAAAUUCUCUCUUGGAUCCAGCUGUAAUAGUGCUACAGGGUGGACGACCGGUUCUCUGAGUCCUGCAAGCCCUCCCACUGUAGGCCUACGAGCAAUAAUGGAAAUGGAAGAAAAUAUGCAAAAAUGUGUCAAUGCGCCAAAGACCAAUGCAAGUGGGAAUAAAUCAUUGUGCCAUGGAGGAAAGCUCUCUCAGAAACAAAGGAAGAUGAUUGCAAUGGCUGCUAAAGAGCCAAGCACAAGCAACAGACUGGACAGCCCUCCCUUGAAAUCAAAUCUGAUUGCACAAUUAACCCCAUUAAAGACGGGAAGUGCUUGGGCUACUCCAUUCAGUGGGCUCUCCUCCCCAAAAUCAUUCCGUGACCUAUUGGUAGAAGAAAAGUCAUCAGAGAGAACGGGUGAUUCCCUGCCUUCCAGCUCAUGGGAACAUAGUUCUAAACAACAAGAGCAGCAUAACAACAAAUAUGAGCAACCAAUCAGUCCUUGGUUAAUGACGGUUGCUAAAAGUCAACCAACAAUGACUCCGAUUACAUUCGCGGCUAUUGUAGAAGAGGAACGUCAGCAAGAGGCUGCACUUGUGAGGAGCAGGGAGAAGCCACUGGCAUUGAUUCAGAUUGAGGAAUGUGCUAUCCAGGAAUUACUAAUCCACUAUCAAGCCUUUGACAACCCUGAGGAAUUCAUUGUAGUAGAUAGAUCACCACAAGGGCCCAUGGCAACCCCAGUAUGGAGUAAACAGUGAUUCUUGCCUCCUUUUUUGUUUAGAACUUACAAUAUUAUAUAGUCAUGAAAUUAAAUUGGUCAAUGAUUAAUCUGUGAAAAAGCUACAUUUACAAAAGAGCUAAGGUGUGCCUCCUUGUUACAUGCUACAGGAGAUCAUUUGCUGUGUUUGAUCUCAAUUGCUAUUAAGAAAAUGUUUUUCAUCCAGAUUAUAUUUUUCAUCUAGAUUAUAAAGAUCUUUUCCACAAACAUACAUUACGAAGAAGUGCUGAUCAAAUAUUGAUGUUUGUCUUCUCUUCAUUUCCCUCACACAUUCUUUCACGCACACUUUUAGUUGCCACAGUGCAAAAUUGGUGGCAGAGAAUUCUGAACUGAAUGGUGGGUAGAUUACUGGGGACAGGGUACAGAAUGUUGAGUCAGUAAGAAAGCACAGAAGUUCUGGAGGGACCAGUUAUUUUACUGUGUCACUUUAAAGUGAUGGUAGUAAGGGGAGCACUUGGGCUAUUUCUUGGCUAGCUGCAGCUCCUGUAUUAAAAUUGCAAUCCACCCAGUUGAUUCAGCGGCAUAGCACCAAUAAGUUUCCUUAGUUGCUGACUCCUAAUUUCACCUAUGGUGUUAAUAGUAUUGUAGGGAGAUUAGGUGCCUGAUUACAGGGAAAAUAAAAAUUGUAGGAAAAUGGAUUCAUUCACAUUUCUUAAUUAUUAACUGAAAACAAUGUUGUUGAAGCCUUAGAAGAGGUCAGUCAGUCUCUAAUGCUCUCGGUCACUACUGCUUGAUGAUGAUGGUUUACAACUUGUGCAAAAUUGUUUAAUGAAUUGCUAUGAUUUUUUUAAAAUGUCUUCAACUUUUGUGUUAGUUUCAAAAAUAAUGAUGCAAUUUAUUGUACAAAAGCACAAAAAACUUUUUUUUGUCAUGCAACAAAGCCAAGCAAAAAUCAAAUUCAGCAUCACGUUAUUCUUCCUUUCAUAGUUGGUUUAACCCUAAAUAAAUUAAACUCUCAUCACCUAUUGCUGACACCAAGGUUGUCUUUACCAUUUCAGGUCUGGAUGCUUAGCCUGCCUGUGUUCAGACUUGAGAUGGCAGCCUUUAUGCCAGUAAUGAAUGUUACUUGUAUUUGGCACUGUUUGCAAGCAGAGUAUGCAAGUGCUUAAGAAACUCCCUCUUAAUAACAACCAUGAUGCACAUGGCUUUUAACGAAAACUUAACAGGAUCUGAUUGCAGUUGUGUAGAUGGAGACAUUACUGUUAAAAGUGUUGUAUAUUAAAAAGUUACUAUUCCAGUGCAGUUCAACCAUGUGUGCUGGUUUUCAGAAGUGCUGAAAUUUCUAAUGGAAGAUAUAUUAAUAUUAAAAAAAUGUGGAUAAGAAUGAUGAUGCUUUUUUCGCUGUUGCAAAUUUGAACAUUUAAGCUUGCACUAUUUUGAAGGUCAUAACCUAUCAAUACUUUACGCUUUCAAUGAAAACAAGAAUGAGUUUCAAAUUGUUUAGUAGGUUUGAACACAAUAUAAACUGCAAGAUUAUAAGAAAAAAUUAAAUUGGUAUGCUAUCCAGCAUUCCCAUGACGUACA